AUGCUAAUUAUUCGGUUUUAUCUCGAGUUAACCCGCUAUCCCGAUCCCCGAUUAACUGUGCCAAAAAGUUCUAAUUUUAUGCGAAAUAUUCUGCCUAAUUUGGAUGACGAAAGGUUUAGACAGGAGUUUCGUAUGUCACAGUCAACAUUUGAGAUCGUACUCGGUAAAAUUGCCAACCACCAAAUUUUUGUGAGUAAUAACCCAAAACCCCAGUCAUCUGUCAGCGACCAGCUAACAAUUGCCCUUUACCGGUUUGGGAAUUCUGGAAACGCUGCAUCUAUUGGCAAAACUGCCCGUCGCUUCGGAUUGUCAGAAGGUACAGUGGAAUUGUUCACUCGCAGGGUGAUUGCCGCAUUGUUGUCGCUGGAGGAUGAAGUUAUUCGGUGGCCUUCACCCGAAGAAAAACUUGCAAUAAAAACCAAAAUCCGGUCAGAAUAUCAUUUCCCCAAUUGUAUUGGGUUUGUCGACGGCACAGAUAUCGUGCUUGAAUAUCGGCCAGGUCUUAACGGAGUAGAUUAUUUCAACCGGAAACGACGUUAUGCUAUUGCUGCAAUGAUCGUGUGUGAUGCUGACCGGCGCAUUCUGUUUGCGUCUUGUGGAUAUCCCGGCUCAGUGCAUGAUGCACGUGUUUUUAAAAACUCGCCAUUGGAGACUAAUUCUUCGCAGUAUUUUAAUGGAGAUGAGUACAUACUUGGAGAUAGCGCUUAUUCCUGCACUACUACUGUCAUCCCGCCUUUCCGGAAAAACCAGAUACCAACGCAAAAUUCGGAUGCAUUUAAUCCCGAUUGGAAUGAAGACGACAACGAUGGCGACAACGAAGAGGACGCUGGUCCAGUACAGCACAACGAAGACGGACAACAUAAACGUGCACGUAUUAUGCAGUAUGUGUUAACUAGUAUACGUGAGUGA